AUGAUAAGUAAAUUUAUCUUCGUUUGGUGCCUCUCAUAUCUAUGUGCCGAAGCUUAUGCCGUACAUUCAUCACAAUAUUCCCAACAAUCACCUGACAAUACUCGAUGCGCUUUUGAUGUCUCUCGCAAGAUUUACAAUGUAACGGAUUUGUUACGAUGCAUGGGUGAACUCGCUGUCGAUCUUUCCGCUCGAAACAGUGAUCGAUCGUUAACUGUAAGACAAGCAAGCCAAACGGAUUCGUCGGAAGAGAAUUCUUACGGAUUUCCUUAUGGAAACAUACUCUUAAGUCUAUUUAAUAAUGCCCAAGUUCCAGCGGGAUACCACGAUUAUCCGUUAGAUUCUCCUACCAGUAAUUAUCAAUUAGAUACGCGGAACGACCGUCCUAAUCAAUUUGACGGGCUUGGGGCAAAUCUUUUCAAUGCAUUGUCAUCGAUCUCUCGCAACGAUGAUUUGAAAUGCGUGCCGAGGAUACUCUGCGAGAUGGCGAGUGGAAGACCACCGGGGGAAUACAAGCGAGCACCAACGGGGAAUAACGAGCAAUACUUGGGAGAAUUUGGGAGAAAUGCCUUCACUCAGUGGCUCGCCGAACUGGCAGUAACGUCUCCCGUACUGAGUUUUGCCCGAGCCGCCGUCUUGGGUUACAGCAGCAAUGGAAAUCCGGCCACGUGUUACCGCGCGUUCCCGAGGUGUCCGCGUAAUCCCGACAAAGUGGUGCAUUAUCUAAACAAUCAUAAUGGGGGAUUCUUCCGGUUCUUCAACGGAGUCGGACAGGGGAGUUAUCCUCAAUCGUCUUACGUUUCGCAAGAUAAUUCGGAAUUUCUCAGAGAGAGAAGAUGGAAAGCUCCACCGCCGGGCAUCGCCGGUGCGGAGGCAGACCGUACGGGAACAGGGAAGCUAAAGUUCGACAUUUUGACUGCUCGACAAGAUUAUGGGAAAAGCUUCUUCCCGAGAGAAAAUACAUCGGAGAACUCGGGGCGAGUGGUUUUUCCGGAUCACGAGGAGCCAAGUGAUCGCCCAUUGAAAAACAGGAUUCUUAAAUCUCUGUCGGACUUACGAGACCCCGACGUGAAUACAUUUUCGCAGGAUUCUUCGUUGGUUUUCCCACAGGAAUCGGAAGACCAAGAUGUUCGCGUUUCGCGUUUUAUUCCUGAAUCUUCAGAAUCGGAGUCCCACAGCGCAUUCCGGUUUCCACGUUAA